AUUCUCUCCUUCGUGUAGGUCUUUCUAAGUGAACUGCUGGGAUGAAGUCGAUGACCCUGCUGCUAGCGACGCUAGCCUGUCUCGCCACGAUGCUACAAGCCAGACCCUUCACACCAGAGCUUCUGCUGGGCGGGCUGGUCAUCAGCAACGCGGCGCUCAUCGGCUGCGUGGUCUCGAACUGCAACGGAGGCGGCCGUGGGUUUAACGGCUUCUCGGGUGGAUUUCGAGGACCACCACGUGGAUUUCGGGGUGGUCGAGGGGGAUUUAGAGGUGGAUUCCGAGGGCCUGGAAGAUUUAGGAGAUUUUAGAAUUUAAGAUUCUAGUUCAUAGGUUCAAAAAACUAUUUAAACAAUUACUCUGUGGAUACCAGUAGCUACGGCACGAAUCCAUGCGACAAUCAUGUAUACUCUGAUCCCUUCCAUGGAUUUUAAGAGCAUUUAAGUGGAUUUUGAAUGCCACCGAUAGCUUUCUAGAGGUGGAGUAGUAUGCCGUAUUGUGCAUAUCUGACAUUAUGUUCUGCAAAUUUUCCAGUCCAAGAGAGAUAAGACAUUUCAGUGCUACCAUUCUAUUCGUAAUAAAAUUGCAUGAUAUUUUGCAGUAGAGACAUAUGCAUUGAUUUAGUUUCGCCAUCGAAAUUUAAGGCGUUUAUCAAUGAUCAUUUGGCGUCAUAAAAAUCGAGAAUUUGUUAAGGUUUGGAUUUGAAUUUGAACCAAAAGAAUGAUGCGCGACCAAAUGUUUGCUUUGUAAGUUUUGUGUGGAAAUUUCCG